ACUGCCGCCAUUGCAGAACCGUUCCCUCCUUAAUCGGCUGAACUGGAGACGCUCGACAUGAGGACUCAAGGGGUUAGCGGCGUCCUCGGUGGGACUCUCGCGCCUAGACGACGGCGAAGAAGGGCCUAGCUUUUCUGCAUACUUUCGUGGAAUUCCACCUCGUCCACCAUGGCCUCUGGUUCGCCUAGGGACCGUAUCGAUCAGUUUUUCGUUUCAAAGAAAAGGAAAGCCGAGUCACCUGUUUCUAAGCAUGGAAGAUCUGAAAAGGGUGGAAGAACUACUGUCGAUGGUUCUCCGAGUGCUAAAGGUACCCUGGACAGUUACCUGGUUUCUUCGCAGGAAAAUUCCAGUGCUGCUAGGCUGUCAUACACUCCCACCGAUCCUUCGGCUAGGGCGGAUGCAGUCAAAAGAAGUCUGGCACCUAUGAUUAAUAGUUCUUUUGACAAUGAACGUAAGCAGCUUGUUCCGCCUGCUCAAAUUCAUCAAUACUCUCAAGCAACUCAGAAGGGACUAACAAAUGAUUUACCCAAGGCGAGUGAUGAAGCAGUUGAAAAACCUGCCCGAGAAAAUAACGCAGAUAGCAGACAGGGAGAGCGUAAACAGUUUGCAGCAGACUUUUUGUCGCUGUAUUGUAGUGGAUUACGCAGCAUUAAUUCUCCUUUAGAGGUGAAGGAAGAUGACUCUAAGAGAAACAAUGCUUUAACAUUCUCGGAGGUGAAGAGUAGUUUGCUCCAGAAGUGUAAUGAUGCCAAUAAUGAAUCCCCUUCUGGUGAUGAAAACCUUUUCACUGUUGACAAAAACCCUGACAACAUCAAUCCUGAUGCUGCUGGUAUUUCUUCAGCGUUUGUCUCUGGCAGUAACACAGAGCAGGUUUACACUGGUGACGAUAAUAAUGCUCUGGACAGAAGCUUUAAAAGAUGUAAUUAUACACCUAAAUCAUCUGUGAAUAUGAAUAAAUGCUUCACACCAGGAUCCUUGGUUGUUAAAGAUUGCGUUAAGGAGACCCCAAAGUCAACACGUGGGAGCUCAAUGUUUUCGCCUGGGGAGGCAUUUUGGGAUGAAGCAAUUCAACUAGCUGAUGGUUUGUGUGCUCCCAGAACUUAUAAUUCUUGUGAGGCUGGUGGACAUAAUGAGAUGGCAGAAGACCAAGUUUGUGAGAAGAAUUCAUGUAAUUUACAAAACAACGAGGGCAAGCCAAGCAAAAUAUUGCGUCAGAGUCCAAGCAGAGGUGAGAAUUUGGAAAGUGUUACUCCUUUUGGGUUGGUUGGGAUGCAUGGAAAAGAUUCUGUGAAAGAAGUGUCCGGCCUGCCUGUUAAGCAUUUUGAUUUUUCAUUUGAGGACACUAAUUUGGAUGAGAAUUCUCCACAACAAUGUGGUGCUGGCGAUCUGAUCAGCAUAACUCAUGAGGGUCACAGACAGUAUGAAAUAGGUUCCGUCAACACUAAAAAAGUGAACUUUACCAAGAACUUCACUGUAGUUGGGACACUUCAUACAGAUGGAAUAACGAAUGAAGUGCAGGAGAAGGCUUCAGUCCAUGCUGCAAGCAGGGAAGUGAAUUUACCAAGCCAGCAUGAUGAUAUUCUGACAUCUAAUUCAGCCCGUACUCAUUCAUCUGAUGAAACCAGCACUCCUUCGAGCAAUAUGUUUUUUCAUGAUCGUUUAGACCUUAACAGGUGGCUUCCACCUGAAAUAUGCAGCAUAUAUAGGAAAAAAGGAAUCUCAAAGCUAUAUAAGUGGCAGGUUGAUUGCCUUCAGGUGGAUGGUGUCUUGCAGAGAAGAAAUCUGGUAUAUUGUGCUUCUACAAGUGCCGGGAAGAGUUUUGUUGCUGAGAUUUUAAUGCUACGGAGGGUGGUUUUGACGGGAAAAAUGGCCAUGCUUGUUCUUCCUUAUGUGUCAAUUUGUGCAGAAAAGGCAGAACACCUUGAGCGUCUUCUUGAGCCGCUUGGCAAACAUGUACGUAGUUAUUAUGGGAAUCAAGGUGGUGGAACGCUUCCUAAAGAUACUUCCGUAGCUGUAUGCACAAUAGAGAAGGCAAACUCCUUGAUAAAUAGAUUAUUGGAAGAGGGCCGUCUAUCAGAAAUGGGAGUUAUUGUGAUAGAUGAACUACAUAUGGUUGGGGAUCCAAGUAGAGGUUAUCUUCUAGAACUUAUGUUGACAAAACUUCGUUAUGCUGCUGGCGAAGGUCAUUCAGAAUCAAGUAGUGGAGAAAGUUCAGGUGGGAGCAGCAAUAAAGCUGAUCCUGCUCAAGGACUGCAGAUGGUUGGAAUGAGUGCAACAAUGCCUAAUGUUGCUGCAGUUGCUGAUUGGCUUCAAGCAGCACUAUAUCAGACUGAGUUUCGACCAGUUCCCUUAGAAGAAUAUAUUAAGGUUGGUAAUUGCAUCUAUAACAAGAGAAUGGAACUUGUUAGAACAGUCUCAAAAGCAGCUGACCUUGGUGGUAGAGAUCCUGAUCAUGUUGUUGAACUGUGUAAUGAGGUUGUUCAAGAGGGACAUUCAGUGUUGAUAUUUUGCUCCAGCAGAAAGGGAUGUGAAUCAACUGCAAAGCAUGUGGCAAAGUUCCUUAACAAGUUUACUGUUGACAUUCACAAAAGUGAUUGUGAGUUUGCUGAUAUUACGUCAGCUAUUGACUCUUUGAGAAAAUGCCCGGGUGGGUUGGACCCCAUACUGGAGGAAACAGUUCCUUCUGGUGUUGCAUUUCACCAUGCUGGACUCACGGUUGAGGAAAGAGAGAUUAUUGAAACUUGUUACCGCAGAGGCCUUCUGCGUGUUUUAACUGCUACAUCAACCUUAGCAGCUGGAGUUAACUUGCCAGCCAGGCGGGUCAUUUUUCGCCAGCCCAGAAUUGGUCGUGAUUUUAUUGAUGGGACGAGGUACAAGCAGAUGGCUGGUCGGGCUGGUCGCACUGGAAUUGAUACAAAAGGAGAAAGUGUACUCAUCUGCAAAUCAGAAGAAAUAAAAAAAGUUAUGGGACUUCUUAAUGAAAAUUGUCCACCAUUACAUUCGUGUUUGUCUGAAGAUAUCAAUGGAAUGACUCAUGCAAUCCUUGAAGUUGUGGCUGGAGGAACGGUUCAAACUGCUAAUGAUAUUCAUCGUUAUGUUCGAUGCACUCUUCUGAACUCCACAAGACCAUUUCAAGAUGUGGUGAAAUCAGCGCAAGAAUCCCUUAGGUGGCUGUGCCAAAGAAAAUUCGUUGAAUGGAAUGAAGAAACCAAACUUUACAGUACCACACCUCUUGGACGGGCAGCCUUUGGCAGUUCUCUCUGUCCUGAAGAAUCACUUAUUGUGCUAGCUGACCUUUCAAGGGCACGGGAAGGAUUUAUCCUUGCAUCAGACUUGCAUUUAGUUUACUUGGUGACACCAAUCAAUGUUGAUGUUGAGCCAGAUUGGGAACUGUACUAUGAGCGUUUUCUGCAGCUGUCUCCACUUGAUCAGUCAGUAGGCAAUCGAGUGGGUGUGACAGAACCAUUCUUGAUGCGCAUGGCUCAUGGCGCACCAGUAUCCACUUCAAACAAGUCAAGAGACACUACAAAAUGGAUGCGCCGUAAACAAGGAAAUCAAAUUGCGAUAUCCCAUGGAACAGCUAACUCAGAUGAUCACACACUUCGUGUGUGUAAAAGAUUCUAUGUUGCUCUUAUUUUGUCAAGACUAGUUCAGGAAACACCUGUCAGUGAGGUUUGUGAAGCGUUUAAAGUUGCCAGAGGAAUGGUUCAAGCCUUGCAAGAGAAUGCUGGAAGGUUUGCAUCAAUGGUUUCUGUGUUCUGUGAGAGGCUUGGAUGGCAUGAUCUUGAAGGCUUGGUUGCCAAGUUUCAAAAUCGUGUAUCAUUUGGAGUCAGAGCAGAGAUUGUAGAGCUUACCACUAUUCCAUAUGUUAAGGGUUCUCGGGCCAGAGCACUCUAUAAAGCAGGUUUACGUACACCUCUUGCAAUUGCUGAAGCAUCCAUUCCUGAAAUAGUAAAAGCACUAUUUGAAUCUGCAUCAUGGGCCUCUGGUGGUUCUGCACAAAGGCGUGUACAAGUUGGUGUAGCCAAGAAGAUAAAGAAUGGUGCUCGUAAGAUUGUUCUUGAUAAAGCUGAAGAGGCAAGGGUUGCUGCCUUUUUAGCCUUUAAAUCACUUGGCUACGAUGUCCCACAGUUUGCUCCCCCAGUGUUGUCCCCUCUUGCUUCUGAUUCUAAUGGGCAAGGAGCAGGGGGUACCUCCUCUGGAAGUGAUGCAGCUGAUUCUAAUAAUAGCUUUAUUGAUGCAGACCACAUGGAAACUUCUGAUCAGGGUCAUUUAGAAAAUGAGAGAGAAGAUGUAAAAAAAUCAUCUUGCAAUGGUGGUCACGCAGAAGAAAAAUCAAGAAGUGCAAUGCGAUGUAAUGUUUCUACUGAAAAGUUUUUAGUUUCAGUUGAGGACUCUCUGAGGGGUGGGGUCAAUGGUACUUUUAAAUCCACUGAAGAUACGGUUGCUGCCACCACCAAUAAUUUACCGAAACCAAAUGAUCAUACUGGGCUCCAUGAUAGAUGUCUUUCUCAUGGUAUAGAGAAACAAUAUUUGAAGGAAAAUAUGGCUAUUGUUAAAAUGGAUAACCCGUGCCAGAGAGGUCCUAUCAAUGCAGCAUGUAGUCCUGGUGGGUUUGAUUCAUUUUUGGAUAUAUGGGACAGUACACCAGAAUUCUACUUUGAUAUCCACUACAACAAGCGGUUGGAACUGAACUCUGCUGCCCCUUUUGAAAUACAUGGCAUAGCCAUCUGUUGGGAAAAUUCUCCUGUGUACUAUAUUAAUCUUCCCAAGGAUCUUCUGUGGAUUGGUGAUAGGGGAGAUGAUAACAUUUCCUUGAGUGCAUUCGGUAAUAAACAUAAGGUUUCAUCUUCUAAGACUGACUUGGAGAUCGCUAGGCAUAGAUGGAGCAUGAUUUGUAAAAUUAUGGGGAAAAGAGAUGCCAGGAAGUUCUCCUGGAAUUUGAAGACUCAGAUUCAGGUGCUUAAAAGGCCUGCAGUUUCAGUUCAGAGAUUUGGCUGCCUGGAUAACAUUGACAAGAAUAUGGACCUUUCUGUUGUAGACAAUUCACACGUAUUAUUGCCCCCUAUCCAUGUUAAAGAUGCAAUUGACUUGUGCAUCACGUCUUGGAUUCUCUGGCCUGAUGAAGAGAGGAGCGCCAACCCAAAUCUGGAGAAGGAAGUGAAGAAAAGAUUAUCCAGCGAGGAUGUUGCAGCAGCUAAUCGGAGUGGAAGAUGGAAGAAUCAGAUGCGUAGAGCCGCACAUAAUGGGUGCUGCCGUCGGGCAGCACAAAUGCGAGCCUUAUGUUCUGUUCUAUGGAAAUUACUUGUUUCUGAAGGGCUUGUUGGAGUGCUUAUGAGCAUAGAAAUCCCUUUGGUAAAUGUUCUUGCUGACAUGGAAUGCUGGGGAAUUGGUGUUGACUUGGAGAGAUGCAUCCAGGCUCGUAAAUUGUUGGCAAGGAGACUAAGGUAUCUUGAGAAAGAAGCUUAUAGGCUGGCUGGGAGGACUUUUUCAUUGCAUAUGCCGGCAGAUAUUGCAAAUGUACUAUAUGAACACCUGAAGCUGCCCGUACCUAGUGGGAGCAAUAAAGGAAAGCAACAUUUGAGUACUGAUAAGCAUUGUUUGGACGCGCUAAGGCAUGAGCAUCCCAUUGUUCCAGUCAUCAAAGAGUAUCGUAUGUUGGCAAAGCUCUUAAACUCCACUCUGGGGUCUAUAUGCUCACUGGCUAGGCUAUCUGUAAGCACACAGAAGUACACGUUACAUGGUCAUUGGCUCCAGACGUCCACAGCAACUGGUCGGCUGUCAAUGGAAGAACCUAAUCUUCAGUGUGUCGAGCAUGAGGUGGAAUUCAACAUGGAAGAGGAUAAAAAUGGAGGUGAUGCUGAUGAUCAUCACUACGUUGUUAAUGCUCGUGAUUUCUUUAUCCCCACUCAGGAAGAUUGGUUACUGUUAACAGCAGAUUACUCUCAGGUAGAAUUGAGGUUGAUGGCUCACUUCUCAAAGGACUCUUCACUCGUUGAACUUCUCAGCAAACCUGAUGGCGAUGUCUUUACAAUGAUAGCAGCUAGAUGGAUUGGGUGUUCUGAGGAUAGUGUGGGCUCCCAUGAAAGAGAUCAGACCAAAAGGAUGGUGUAUGGCAUUCUUUAUGGCAUGGGUGCCAAUAGCCUUGCAGAACAACUGGACUGCUCUCCCGUCGAAGCUGAUGAAAAGAUUAAAAACUUCAAAAGCUCUUUUCCUGGUGUUGCUUCUUGGCUUCAAGAAGCUGUUGCGUCUUGUCGUAGCAAAGGAUAUGUGGAGACUCUCAAGGGAAGAAAACGAUUUUUGUCAAAAAUAAAAUUUGGCGGCAGUAAAGAAAAAUCAAAAGCUCAGAGGCAAGCUGUGAAUUCCGUUUGUCAGGGGUCUGCUGCUGACGUAAUUAAGAUUGCAAUGUUAAGAAUCUACUCUGUUAUUGUCGAUGACAUUAAUAGCCCAGGCUCCAGUUGCUCUUUGGCUACCAGGUUUCAUAUGCUUAGAGAUCGGUGUCGCAUUCUGUUACAGGUUCAUGAUGAAUUGGUGCUGGAAGCUGAUCCCUCGGUAAUUAAGGAAGCUGCCCUGUUGUUGAAGGCUAGCAUGGAGAAUGCUGUCUCACUUCUUGUUCCUCUGCCCGUUAAACUUAUGGUUGGGAGAACAUGGGGAUCUUUGGAGCCUUUGAUACCUGAUUGAGUUUAAAGACUAGUUCUUCAGGACAACAGGAAAAUUCUUAAGACGUCGAGAAAUGCAGCCACAGUAGAUUGGCAGUGAAAGAAAAAGACUAGCAGGAAAACAGGAAAAUUCUUUGGAGAGGAUUGUUGUCUCUUAAGGGGAGGAAAGAACGAUGCUGCGACUCUAGUGAUCAAUCAUGGAGCGUCUGUCAGACAAUCAGAGAAACGAUUAAUGAAGCAACAAGAUGAGCUUCAAUGCCCCGCAUGCGCCAGUACUGUUAUCACUCCUCUUCUUUUUCUUUUUUCUUUUUGCCAGAAAUACCGUUGUCCCUCUUCAAUUCAUUCUUUUUAAUAGAAAAAUUAAAUCUUGUAGAGUUCUUUUAUGAAAGCUAAUGUAAAUGGAACAACUUAUCUUCCAUUUUGUAAAGUUAAGAACCACAUAAUUCAUUUAUCCAUUUUGAUAUUUGCUUCAAAAUUCAACAUGCUCCCGUUUGUACCAUUUUUUUUGGGAGAAAGGAAGGCUUUUUA